AAAAAAAGGAGACAGGGGAGGGAAACCCUGGAAGAAGACACAACCGGCUCUUAGAGGAGGAGAAAGGGGCUUCAAAGGCAUCCCGGUUCCUUCAAAGGGGACGAAAAAGACGAGGAGCUGCUAUGGUUUUUUCCUUGGCUGCCGCCGCAGCAGCAGCCAUGAGCAGUGGUGGUGGCAAUGGCUUCAACUCUUCCACCCCCCUCGACUCUUUCGAUUCCUCGACAUCCUGGAACGUAAGUGAGGAUCCCACUAAUUCCUCUUCAGAACCCUUCUUGCGAACUUUGACUCCGGACCUUCAGCCAGGCACCACCUUCAACGCAGUGCAGGAAGUCAACCCUUGGGAUAUUGCUCUGUGUGUAACAGGGACGCUCAUCUCCUGCGAGAAUGCGUUAGUCAUCGCAGUGCUGUUCUACACGCCGACGCUCCGUGCUCCCAUGUUCAUUCUGAUUGGAUCACUAGCUGUGUCAGACCUCCUAGCCGGUCUGGGCCUCAUCUUAAACUUUGUUUUCACCUAUUUGAUAGAUAACUCAGUAGAGUUGGUGACAUUGCUGUCAGUUGGAAUACUCAUCUCAGCGUUUUCGGCAUCAGUAUUUAACAUCCUCGCCAUUACUGUUGAUCGUUACCUGUCGCUGUACAAUGCCCUGACCUAUCACACUGAGCGGACAGUCACAUUCACUUACAUGAUGGUGGUUUUUAUCUGGGUGACAUGUGUCACUCUAGGUCUGCUGCCAGUGCUGGGAUGGAACUGUCUGAGGGACCCAACUACAUGCAGCAUCUGUUGGCCCGUCACCAAAAACAAUGCGGUGGUGCUCGCCGUCACCUUCCUCCUUGUCUUCGCUCUUAUGAUGCAGCUCUACCUUCAGAUUUGCAAAAUCGCGUUCCGCCAUGCUCAACAGAUAGCGGUCCAGCACCAGUUCAUGGCUAUCUCCACCACCAAAGGGGUCUCCACAUUGUCGGUCAUCCUGUGUGCCUUCGGGGUGUGCUGGCUGCCAUUCGCCAUGUACUCCAUUGUGGCUGACUCCAGCUACCCCGUGAUAUAUACCUACGCCACGGUCCUUCCAGCCACAUGCUGCUCCGUGAUAAACCCCGUCAUCUAUGCUUUCCGGAACCCGGACAUACAGAAGUCGCUAUGGAUGGCUUGCUGUGGCUGCGUCCCGUCCAACCUCUCCCUUAGACCCAGGACUUCCAGUGAUGUGUAGCAAGAAAGAUUUUGGUGUAGACUCAUGCAAAAUGAAGAACCACGGUAAAAGGAUCAGAAGUUAGGGAUGAAAAUAGAAAGAUGGCUUUGCUCUUCUCAUCAUAUCAAGGCUGAAAGCUGAUGACAAACGCUGAGCUGGCCACAGUUGAAGAGGCACUGACAGAUGACUGAGAGGAGGCAUGGUCAAAAAAAGAAGGAGCUAAGAAAUACCAUGUCCUGUUUGUAGCCUGGAAAACAACCAACAGCAGGAAGGGAAAAGCUGGAGACCAACUGCAAAAUCCUGAUUCAAGGUAUCUUUUAAAGUUCUCUCUUUCUUUGGGUAUGAGAGAAAUGAGGCCUCUAAUGAGUAGCAUAUGUGUGAAGGGGAUUUUUGGGUGAAAAAAAAUUGUACUAAAUCUCCAGAGGAUGCUCUGGAUGGUUAUGCAAUCAGGAGGAAUGCUUAAAAUACUGUACGUGUCUUCACUCCUGUCUUUGAAAUCUACUGCUGUGUGGAUAAAAAUACAAUGAGCUAAAUAUACAAAAUGAAUGACUUUCAACAUUCUCAAUGAGCUAUAUUUAUUGUGAUCUCUUGAUCAUUUCGUAGGAAUCUGCUCUAAAUCAGCCAUGUUCCCUUUAUCAGAAGUAGUUGGAAAAUUCAGAACUCAGCUUUAACAUUUUACAUCACUUAAAGCCCAUAUUUUCACCCAAAGCCAACAUCCCAGCCUUCCAUCUUAAACAUUCUCCCAAAAACAAUCUAACUGACUGAUAAAUGGGGGGAAAGUUUAGGGAGGAAUUGCUAAAUUUAGAGCUGGCAUGUGUUGUCCUUGGCAUCGUGACAUAAAACCUGCUCUGCGUCUGAAGAAAAAUAGGCUUCUCAGGCUGCUGCUGCUGGGUUGGGACUAGAAAAGCAAAGAGCUGAUUUCAGCACCAAGGACAGCUCCACUGCAGAGCACAGCUACCCUGGGAAAUACUCUCAGCUGUGGUGUGGGUGUGUGUUUGAGAGUAUGGGGGGCGAGGGAUAAAAAGUAGGCUAUGCUGUUUUUUUAUAGGCUCUUGAUGGGGAAUGGAAGACGGGACUUUAAGGACAAGUCCCAUUCCAUCUGGUUAGGUGGAACUGACAGAAAAUAUAGAUGAAAAUUCACAAAGCCCAUACGUAGAACAGAGUUCUUGACAUUGCAAUGGAAAAAAUUGUGGAUUUUUUUUCUCUCUUUCAGACAUAAACAUCUAGGCUGUUAUGUGAUUCUUACUUUCAUCAAGAAAA